AUGAGCACUAGUUCCAUGGCGCUAGCAGCAUACAGGAAUGGCCUCAGAGCCACCAAGGUUGCUUUCGGGCAAGACCUUCGCAUGCUUCAGGCCGCGAGGUCGAAAAUGAGAGAGGGCAUGGCAAACCCACCAAACCCCGAGCUGGCUCCCGAGCAACAGAUACAGCAUCUAAACGAGGUUUCGCAGUUUCUGAGGCGCAACAUUGUCCAAGGAAAGCGUGGCGAAGGAGACAAAUACACGCUCAACAUCCACAAAGAGACGGAGCUUGGCGACAACGAGACUAUCAAAACCACAAAGAAAACGCUAGUUUCCCGGGGCGGCGGGUGCUGCGGUGGCGGCCAGGGUCUCUACAAAUAG